GUUGCGUGUGGCUUGUUAGGUAAUUAUCUCAUCACAUUCCGGCUCUUUGAGGGUCAAAGGUCUCACACUUACUGCAUCUCCUGAAUUCAACCGGAGAGAUCUGUGUGGCAUUGUACUGCUCUGUUAACUGUAUUUUAGGAUCUUCCACCGCCCUAGGUCAACAAGUCAGCAAUGUCUGGAAGCCCUGCAGUGGUUAUGCGACUGGUGGCCUCCGCCUACAGUGUGGCUGAAAAGGCUGGUGCCAUUGUAAGAAAGGUCCUUCAUAGUGGAGAACUUGGCAUUGUUGAAAAGACAGGAGCUAAUGAUUUGCAGACGCUGGCGGACAGACUGGCACAGCAGAGCAUUUGUGCUUCGCUCUCCAGACGUUUCCCCAAAAUCACCAUCAUUGGAGAGGAGGAGCUUCCAGACGAAGAGGUACAGGAAGAUCUCAUUGAGAAUGGCCAGGCAGAGGAAAUCCUUCAGAAGACCUGUCCAGCUGAGUACAGCGGGCUGACAGAAGAAGAGCUCGUUGUGUGGGUGGAUCCCCUCGACGGCACAAAGGAGUAUACUGAAGCGUCGAGGGGCCUUCAUCUUCCAACCGUAGCCCAGAUAUCGCUCAAAGGGUCGAACACCUCUCAGCCUCACAGCACAGCUCUCUGGCUCUUGGAUAACGUGACGGUGCUCAUUGGUAUUGCAUACGGAGGCAGAGCUAUCGCAGGUGUCAUCAACCAGCCGUUCUACAACUACCAGAUGGGAGCAGGAGCAGUUUUAGGAAGAACCAUGUGGGGAAUGCCAGGAUUGGGCGCCUUUGGAUUCCAGCUGCAGGAAGUUCCAGGUGAUAGACGGAUUGUCACGACCACCCGCUCCCAUAGCAACAAGCUGGUAACGGACUGCGUAGACGCCAUGGAGCCUCAUGAAGUUAUAAGAGUGGGAGGUGCUGGAAACAAGAUAAUCCAGCUUGUGGAGGGAAAGGCCUCCGCUUAUGUCUUUGCCAGUCCCGGGUGCAAAAAGUGGGACACUUGUGCUCCUGAAGCCAUCCUGCAUGCUGUUGGAGGCAAACUGACGGAUAUGCACGGAAAUGGAUACAGAUAUGAUGCUAAUGUAAAGCACAUGAACUCUGCUGGGGUUCUCGCUGCACUACGCAAUCAUGAGUACUAUGUCAGCAGAGUACCGCAGUCAGUGCUGCAAGCUCUCAAGUCACAGUGAGGUCUGUCUUCUUGUCCUCCUGCUGCAGAGAAAUUACCUCUCGUACUUGGAAAACCCAGCAGCGGAGUUUGUGGACACAUCCUACAUGUCACAUGCAGGAACACGAUGUAUGAAAAUGUCACGACACCUAUUUUAUCCCUUUAAAUGAACAUUUGAUUUUUGUAUCUCAUUUUAGUCACAUGUAAAAGGUAAUUUACAAAACAACAUUUUGAUUACACUCUUUAUUCCAGUGCCUACAACUGAAUGUUGUGAUGAGUCACAUUGAACACAGAAAGCCAGCUCAAUAGCACUUCCAUUUAUUACACUCCUCUGAAACAAAUGUGUUCAAACCUCUGAACUUCUUUACACAUCAAUUCCAACUUGAACAUCAAUAGAUUUACAAGGCAAAAGGCAAGAUUUAAAUAAAUAAAAUGAUACAGGUUAAAUGUUCAGUAGUGAGUUGGAAAUGAUUUACUGUUCUUCAUUCAAUAACCACUAGGUGGGAACAAUGUACUACAACUAGUGUAAUGUAGACGACAAACAACAUCAUCGUCUUGACUUUUGACCUCUUCAUAAUGUCAUGUGAUGACUGAAGUGCAACAAUGUUCAGUGUGGAAGAGGUCGACACCUACUGCUGUGGAGAACAUGACUCGGCUGAGCUGUAAAUAUAAAAAAUGAAUUUGCUGACA